CCUUAGUUUUUUUUUUUUUUCCUUCCAAAAGUUGGAAAGUGCUGUAUAUUUUCUACCUUCCUCUCCCCACCAUUUUCUUUCUUUCACCACCCACAAAAACCCAAAUGGGAUGGCUUCAAUCCCUCUUCUUCCCAUUGAAGAAGCUCUGGUUCCGCCUCCACGCCACACCCAGCAAGAGAAGAGGGAUAUACAUUUUGUACGAUGAUGUGAAGUCGUGCCCGUACGAAGAUGUUCAUGUUCUGUGGUCGAUACUGGUGGAGGCCAAUUCCACUCUGCAGCCACAGCAGCAGCCAUCAAAGCAGCAAUGAGCAAGAGCAGUAGUAUCAUUGCGGAACUGCACCUUGGAUCGCGGCGGAAAUGACACAUACAUUCGAGCUCAACCGUACCCUCAUCUUUGUACAUAGUAACAAUAAUUAAACCGUAUUUAUAUGCGUGGUUUAUUAAAACAUACACAGACAU